UUAUAAGAAUAAAAGUGAGGCAUCAAAAAGAAACAGAUGAAGACAAGGGUAAAAGGGAUACUUACAGGUCCAGCCGAACCCUCCUUAUUAUUCGGAGUCACACUCCCACUCCCCGCAUUACUAGAGUACGUCGAAAACCCCGAACCCAUCCUACUCAACACCGGCAUAGCUCGCGGAGUAGACGUCCCACUCAUAGGUCCCCGGAUGAUUCUGCGUCCCAACUUGUCGAACUUUGGGGGCUCAGGCAGGAUCGACCCCUUGGACUUCUUGCGCAGGUGGUUCUUGGUGAGUGUGUUGUUGGCAUUGAGUAAGUUGGCGGCAGCAGAUGGUUCCUGGACGGGAGAAAGGUGAGAUACGGAGGAGGCUAUGGAGGGACGUGUACGUGGUGGACUUUGACUUAGACCUGAACCGCUUUCGCUGGGAGAGGGACCGGUCCGGGAGAUGGAGGUGGGAAGGGAAGAGACGGAUCGUGAGAGAGGGGGACGAACUGUGCUUUGGAGGGUGGAGAGAUCUGCCAGGAUUUGGGAGAAUUGGAGGGCUUCCAUUGUCUUUUCUCUCUCUUUCUUUUGGUACUGAGAAAGUUGUUGCUCUGUUGUGGGAGAAAGUGAAUAGAUUGCGUCUGUGGGAGAUGACCAAGUGGCGAGAAUUAAGUUUUCCUUUUGUAAGAGGGCAACAAUGCGGAGGGAGAGACGAGACGACAGGAGCUUGAUGAUAACCUGAUGACACGCACGCACGCACUGCACGAUGGAAUGGGAUGGGGGGAAAAGGAGAAGGCGGUCUGCAAUUAUCGAAUGUAUGUAAUGUACGGAGUACUGUAUGCAAUGUAUGUAAUACUGGCUCGAAUCGUGGGGAUGGGGUUGGGGUUGGGGAUGCUGAUGCGUUGGGACAGAUGCAGGUGCGCGGAUGGUGCAGCUUAUAAAGUGUGGAGGUGGAGGAAUUGGUCUGGCUGAUGCGUGCUCGUGUUAUGGACUUUUCAUCAAACGCCUCUCGUGUGACCUCACAAAGUUGAUUGUCCCCAGACACCAAGCCUUAGAAAUGGAUUGGACACGGCCAAGCAUUGCGAUUCCCAACAUGGACCUUCGCAAUCAGCCCCGCAUUAUUCGCUGAUGCUUCUCUUCCCCACCGGCCCUGAUGGGUCCCGACCGCAAAUCUUAGGUAGCGAUCGGCCUUGCCUUUUCUAUUGAAUUGUCGCUUGGCAUGUAGGCUUCCGAUGAUGCUCCGCUCCCACAUCUUGACAUCCUCGGUUGGAGAGGCACCGAAAGUAUAUCAUUUAUCCAAAGCUUGGCUCUUUACAAAGUCAAUUGCACCAACCCCUCACUACCGCCCAUCAUGUCGCUCGUCUUCCGAAGAGGCAUUGCAUCCAUGGCUUCUCUAAAGAAAGCUUCAAAGGUGGUUUGUAUUGGGAGGAACUAUGCGUUUGUUCCCCAAUCAUCCAGAUACUCAAUCGCUUGCUAACAACCCCACUUUCCAGGGACCACAUCAAAGAAUUAAGCAGCGCAAAGCCAAGCCAACCUUUUUUCUUCCUUAAACCUGCUUCUUCAAUUCUGGCACCUCAAGAUGGACCGGUCAUCAGACCAAGAGGCGUGGAUUUACAUUUUGAGGUGGAGCUGGCAUUGAUUAUGGGGAAGAGGGUUAAGAAUUUGGAAGCUUCUGAUGAGAAGGGUGCUUUGGAUGCCAUUGAGUGUUUGUAUACUUACUAGGCAGAGGUGCGCCAUUUGCUAAUUUUUACUUUUUAGCAUAUGCUCUUAGUAUCGAUAUGACGGCCCGGAAUGCACAGAACGAAGCAAAGAAGAAAGGUCUACCAUGGGAUAUCGCAAAGGGUUUCGAUACCUUCCUCCCAAUCAGCGAAAUCGUUCCAAAAUCCCUGAUUCCCGAUCCCCAUAACGUCGAGCUUUAUCUAUCCGUAAACAACGACAUGAGGCAGUCGGACUCUACAAACCUGAUGCUCUUCCAGAUUCCAAGGUUAUUGAGUGAUAUUUCCAAGGUUAUGACCUUGGAGGUUGGGGAUAUUGUUAUUACGGGUACCCCCAAGGGCGUUGGAUCAGUUGUGCCGGGUGAUAUAAUGCGAGCUGGAAUCAAGGUUGAUGGGAAGGAAAUCGAACAGGCGAAGAUUGAGGUGGGAGUUGAGGAGUCCACAAGUACAUAUGAGUACAGGGCAACGUAGAGGAGGAGACUGUAAAUACUGUGCAAUGAAUACCCCAUUCUUCUAUGUCAAAUCAGGGCAGCCCUUAACACCCAUUCUUAAUUUCUCUUUCUUUCCCUUGUAAUAGAG